AUGGACGCCAGUCAUCUUCAGGACGAGGAGUUGGGGGCCUCGGAAGUGCUGUGGUCACCAGAUUUGGACGCACGCUGGCGACUGCUGCGGCGACAUAUCACGCCGUUUGAGAAGGACCGGGCGGCGUACCACUCUGCCAAGUACCAAAAACCAGUUUUCGUCCUGAUGAAUCCCGUCAUCUGGCGCCGCUUGGUCGAGAAGCAAGGCGUCUAUCGCGCCGUGGAUCUCAUGCUGAUGUUGGGCUUUGCACCCGCGCCCGAAGGGGCGGCGAGCCUGGCAGAGUGGAUCGAAAGUGAGGCUGCGGUGACGACCCGCGGCACCGCAGGCGCGGCCACAGCCCCAGCGGCGUCAUCAGCAUCAUCCACGUUGUCGACCGGUGGGGUGCCUCUUUUUGGACGGAGAUCGCUUGCAAUGCCGCCAGGCGUGCCGGAGGAGUCGCGCACGGGCGGCGGUGUUCGUUUCUGGGUGCUUAACCACGAAGACUCACGUCCGUACACCGCUGGUUCUCCAGUGAGCCAAUUUGCCUCACCGCGCCCGACGACGUGGGGGAUGCGCGCCUGCAGCCCGGCACGGGCGACAGCAGCAGCGCAAGUUUCAUCGCCCACUGCUGCGUCUGCCUCUCCGCAUGCUUCUAUUGUUCCUGGGCAUCAGGUGGAGGCAGGCGGCUCCGCCGCCCGCAUCCGCAACCUUGAGGCGGAGGUGAAGGAACUGACGCGGCAGAUACGCCUGUUGAAGUCACGAGAAUCAGAUCGGGACGGAAGCGUCAUGUCAGAUGUGGCCUCACAGAGCGAGACGCCACAACCGCACAUCAUUGUCUGCCCGGAGCGUCCGUUUAUUGCCUCGACGAACUGCCACGCCCUCGUGUGUCUACCAGUCAAUUACCUUGAUCCCGAUUGUGCGCCGUAUGUGGUGUCACUCGGCGCCUCCACAGGACGAACACUGUUGGCGUGCACCAUUGUAGAGCACCGCUACGUUAUCUUUCUUGCCCCGCCGCAUCGCCGCGGCUCACUGGCUGUCGUUCUCCUUUGCACAAGGGACGGGACGCUGCGGCCGUACGCACGGGCAGUGUGGUUAGAGUACAGGGCACAAGACCCACCUAACACCCUUACCCACCACGCGGUCAAUCAGCUACUGCAGGAGAUACCGUUGCCUUCCUCUGCCACCGUCGUUGAUCCAAAUCCAAGCGAGGUGGAGCAGACGAAGAGCGAAAGCGUCUUUGAAGAUGACAACACAUUCUGUGAUACAGACACCGCCGUCAGCACUUCCGAUCAGGGGCUGGAGUCGGAGCCACACCUUCCGCUUACGAAGGAGAUGUUGCAACUCAUUCCGAACGGUGUCAUUACAGGAGCACGCGUGUCACGCACGGAGGCGACGGGACAAAUCCACCCAAAUGGCACAACUUUGAGUGCGGCUGGAAGCGAGAGUUCGUUGGGUGGAGCCGAACGUGAAGGCGGGGCAGCGACAGGAAGACUUUGGAACGACAACGACGAGAUGAAGCCUGGCAGUGUCUCCAUGAGCACUGGACGACCGACCAGUUACCAGCGCGGCCAGCAGAGUGGUUUCUCGGAUGAGGAGACAACCCAAGUUGCAUUCAACUGUAUGACAAGUCGCACCGAACUCAGUAGCUCUACGGCGACGUCGAUUGCCAGCGUUGAGAGCGCGGCACCCAACAACGGAUUGGGCUUCGCCGGCAUUAUGGCGUCCCGGGGCUGGGUGCGACGGUAUCUGCACGGAUCACCGCUGAGCAGCCAAUGCUUUGGCGGGCACGCGCGCCUCAGUUCCUUCUCCGCCACAGCAACGGUGUUAGACGAACAGUUGCAGUCUGCUGAAUCCCAGCCGUCGUGGCCAAGAAGAGGCUCCGUGGCUUCGCAGUAG